AAAUCUUUCCCAAAAUUUCAAAACGAAAAAGAGUUGAAAUCCUUGCUGCUGAGUACUGAAAAACUCUUAAACAAUGGCGGCCAUUGAAGCUGUAACUGCACUCUCCUAUCCACGGUAUCCUUCGUCUUCCCCAAAGCCCCAAAGGAUCUCUUCCUUACCUUCUCAAAUAUCCAUCUCUACCCCUCUCUUUUCCCAAAAUUUCUCCGUCCCUCCAUUAAUCAGCACCCACAAGAAUCUGGGUUUUAAACUCUACUCUACAUUGCAAGAACUAAGCGUAGAAGCUGAAACUGAGAAAACCCAGAAACCAAAUGUGAAAAGAAAGCUUUUUGUGUUGAAUUUGCCUCGGGCUUAUACUGUUGCUGAUAUCAAAGACCUCUUUGCCCAAUAUGGGAACGUUAAAGAUGUUGAGAUUAUAAGGGAGAAAGACGGGAAAAGUAGGAAUUUUUCGUUUGUGACAAUGCCUUCUGGUGAAGGAGCUCAGGCUGCUAUAGAUGACCUCGACUCUCAUGAAGUGUCCGGGAGAAUUAUAAGGGUAGAGUUUGCAAGGAGAUUCAAGAGAGCUUCACCAACUUCUACUCAGCCAAUUGUUCCUCCCCGCGAGCCACGACAUAAACUUUACGUGUCGAACCUUAAUUGGAAAGUUAGGUCGAGUCAUCUCAGAGAAAUUUUCUCGGCCUUCAACCCGGUUUCAGCUAGAGUUAUUUUUGGUACCCCUACAGGACAGUCUGCAGGGUAUGGCUUUGUUUCAUUUGCCACAAAGGAGGAAGCCGAGGCCGCAAUUUCCACUCUAAAUGGAAAGGAGUUGAUGGAUCGGCCACUGCGUUUAAAAUUCAGUGAAAAAACGGCUGAUGAAUCCGGGGAUGAAGAGACGGAACAAAAGGAAAUCGAGGAGUCUUAGAUCGAAAAAAAGAACUCA